UUAACACUGGACGUUUCCAUAGAGAUACAGUUGUGGAUGGCAAAGCGCUAGCUCGAUGAAGCUCUUUUAUAUGCACAAAGACAAGCAGUAGCAGAGAUGUCUGAGUUUGCUGAGGAUGAGGUGGAGUUGCAGUCCUUGGUUAAGCAGUUUCUGAGAAGCAUCAGUGACAAGAUCUCUAGUGCUCCUUCACCUGAAUGUGCUGAAGAGAUCCUUCUUCACCUAGAGGAGACUGACAAGAACUUUCACAAUUAUGAGUUUGUGAAGUACCUCCGUCAAUAUGUGGAGAACGCUUUAGGAUCUGUGGUUGAAGAGGAAACAAACAACUUGACCAGAGAAGAUGGACAACAUGCAAUUGGCUCGGGACACGACACUCUGAUUCACGCAGUGACACAAAGGACUAGAUACUCAGCUGAGUACCAGCAGAUGAUACACACCUUAAAAAACACCAUGAUAACAGUUGUGGAGUCUUUAAAAAACAAGUCUGAGGAGGACCAGCUGAGAAAGGAGGAGACGCACCAAGAGAAGCAGCAUAGGCAGUCCAACAUCCAGUUCACUGACAACUGCUCUGACAGUGGCUCGUCCUUCAGUCGGAGUUAUGGAUUCUUUAGACAAGAGCAGCUGCAAAUUUUGGCUGAAAAGCUUGACUCCAGCAAGCCCAAAGAGGUGCGUUGGGAGGCUCUGAAGGUCCUCUGCCGUGCUCCUACAUCUGAUGUGCUUAGCUGUGAGAGCUGGAGCAGCCUGCGUCUGAACCUCUGCGUAGCUCUGAGCGAGCCGGAUCCCGACCUCAGCGAUAAUGCGCUGCGAUUCUUUGCUAAAAGCCUCUCAUCCUCCCCUCUGAAUGUGACACGAGAAAUUUACACAAGCCUGGCUAAAUCUGUGGAGUCAAGUUUUCUGUCCCAUAAGCUGAGCUUUCCAAGUGGCUCAGCUACCAUUGACAUUAACAGGCCUGAGAUCAGUCAUCUCCUGAAGCAGAUUCGACUGAUGAAUGAUUUUCAAAAGGAGGUGACUAACUUCUGGAUACGUCAUCCAGAGAAAUACAUGGAAGAAGUUAUAGAAAACACCUUUUCCCUGCUGUCCUUCCAUCGCGAACAUGGCUCACCAGGAACUGAGAGAGUCCUGGAACCAGUUCACUUACUGGCUUUACUGGAUGUAAAAGCCACUUGGUUUAAAAAGUGGAUGCAUGGCUACUACAGCAGGGCUGUGAUUCUCAGACUCCUGGAGAGAAAAUACAAGUCUGUGGCUGUAGCAGCUCUUCAGCAGUGCAUCAAGUACAAUGAGUCCUGUGAACGUUUCACAAAUGAGACAACUGAGUCAGGGGAGCAGCGGAGCAUUGGUUUGGUACAGAGGAGUGUUUAUUCUGGAAAAGAGCUCGAGUAUUGCUGCUUUGUUCACUCUCUGUGUGUCCUAGGGAAGCUCAUCAUCUACACGAAUGGAAAAAAGCUCUUUCCCAUCAAAAUAAGGAAAUACAAAGAUCCUGUUACCCUGACAGACCUCGUUGUCAUCCUGCUUAACAUAAUGUAUAAACACCCUAGACCUCUGGACAGGGAUUCCUCACACACAGGUUCAGACGUCCUGUCGCCCAGCACCCUUGUGAUGGAGAUGCUUUGGAUGCUAUGUGAACAGACAGAAUGCGCUACAGAGUGUCUCUAUCAGACUCCAGUUAUAGAGAAGCUACUAACUCCUGUUAUAGCGCUGCUCAGUGGACAGAAGGCUGAGUUAAAGUCUCCUGCAGCAACCCUGAGUCUCAUUGCAGAUAUUCUGGCUCGUAUUGCAAACACAGACAGAGGAUUAGCGCUCUUCUUAUUUGAGAAGAAUCUCGUCGCAGCCCACAGUGAGAGAACCUUUGCUGCUCAUAUCAUCGUACAGUUCACCCAGAGGCUGCUCGACAAGGAAUUGCCAUCGUUGUGUGAAUCUGAUAUGCCCCAUUCAUUAUGUGGAGCCUUUAUUUUAGUUUGUCGGCAGAUGUACAACACCUGCGAGGGUCUGCAGGUUCUACGACCCUACGGCCUGCACAAAGCUUUAGCUGCUGUGUGGAAAAAGACCAGCUCGCUGUCAGAAAGGGUUCAGACUCCAGUACCUGGAGCUGGCGCUGGAUCAUCUACCCAAGAGCUGCAGAACAUGCUCAUUUGGGAGGAGACAUUAUUGGACAGUCUGUUGAAUUUUGGUGCCACUCCAAAAGGCCUUCUGCUGCUCCAGCAGACAGGAGCCAUUAAUGAAUGUGUCUCCUACAUGUUCUCUCGCUUUACCAAAAAACUUCAGGUGAGCAGCUGCGAGAAGUUUGGCUACGGGGUGAUGGUGACACAGGUGGCAGCAACUGCUCCGGGAGUUGUGGCUCUGCACAGUUCAGGCUUUAUACGGGCCCUGGUACUAGAGCUGUGGUCUGUUCUUGAGUGCAGCAGUGACGACGUCAGAGUGGUCCGUCCCAAACCAACUCCCAUUGACCCCAUAGAUAGGAGCUGCCUUAAGUCCUUCCUGUACUUGGUCAACCUCCUCUCCUCUUCCCAGUCGGUGUGGCAACUGCUGGGCCGACAGUCUUUGGCCAACAAAAGCGAAUACACCCUGAGGGAGAUGCCAACCUCCAUACCUGAUUUGAUUGACAGACUGAUUGCCGUGAAUUCGGAUGUGAAGAUUCAUUCUCUCUUCCGCUACGAAGAGAGUCACACAUUCGGCCUGAGACUACUUAACGUGCUCUGCUGUAAUCUGGACUCCUUUCUGCUGUUGGAGAGCCAAUAUAACAUCUGCUCCAUGUUGCUGCAGAGUCAAAUGCGGAACGUCACUGACCCAGACUCCAGUGAGGGGACUAUCAUCAUAGACAGUCUGUCAGUGGAGAGGAACCAUGUGCUGGUUCGUGUUAGUGUCGUUGGAGGACCAUCUGAGAGGAGGCUCCCUCCUCGAGACUUGCAAGAGGGAGAAGGAGAACAUCCUUACCCCUGGCCCUGGUUUUCAUGCUAUCCCGUACCUCGCUGCUACACUUUGGAUCCACCAGACAUCCUACAUACCUCACAGGACUCCGAGAUCAGUGCGUUUCUGUCUUCAUGGAAAGAUCCACAGAAUGACGGAAGCUGGGUGGAAGCCUGCCGAACGUUGUACUGUAAAGUCAUGACGUCAAAACCCAACGUGCUAACUGGAAAGGUGCUGGCUGACCUUCUGGAGAAAGUUGUAGCCCAUCUAUCCAAUUCUGCUUCAGAGUGCUUCUUCUCUCCAGCUCGGUACAAAGCAGAGGAGAAGACUGUGAAGAAUGCCGUAUUAUCAUCUGUGGAACAGCUGGGAAUCAACACCUGUCUGAAGUAUGGGAUUUACCUUGGGCUGCUGAAAGAAGAAGCUGCAAAUGACCUAGCUCUGCUAAUGAAGCAUGUGAAGAUCUUCUUGUCCACGCAGAGAGUUAAAACUUCAUCAGAACUCAUAACUCACCAGGAAGGUUAUCCAGGUCAUGACUGGCUAGCCUCUACAGUGUUCCUCAUCAUGGCCGGAAACAUGGAAAAGUCUUUAUGUUUGUUAGUCAGUCUCUCCUCUCUGCUCACCUCUGCCUUCAUCUGGCCAGCCAGGGUACAUGCAUCGAUCCAUUUUUCUAAGGAAGUGGCUGAAUCAGGAAUCCCUCCUGUCUACUGGUGCACAGCUCACUACGUGGGGAUGCUGCUGAAAGCUGAAGUUCCUCUAGUCCACUCUGCCUUCAAGAUGUCUGGUUUCACCCCAUCACAGAUGUGCCUCCAUUGGCUGACUCAGUGUUUCUGGAACUACCUGGACUGGACAGAGAUUUGCCACUAUAUUUGCACCUGUGUGGUGAUGGGUCCUGACUACCAGGUUUACAUGUGUGUGGCCAUAUUUAAGCACUUGCAACCAGACAUCCUGCAGCACACACAGUCCCAGGAGCUACAGAUCUUCCUCAAAGUAAGAUGGAGUCAGAACUACAAUAUACAUGCAAUAUUUUACUAACAGAACAUACUCAGAUUCACCUUAAAUCUCUAUGGUAGCCUUGUUAAUUACUAUAUGUAGGUAUGUCAAAGAGGAACAAGUAUCCAGUUUUCUGUAGUUUUCCCUCAAAAAUCUGUGUUCUGUGAAACCUCGAACACCUCUGCAGGUAAAUACACUUACCUGCUACUUUGUUCCAUCUAAUCAGAAAAAUCAAGUACAUUUGAAUUCAUGUAGGAAGUUCUUUUUGCUUUGAUAAAGACUUUCUUUUCACUUUUGGUAUUCUCUCACUGUGCUUCAUAUGUAUAUUAAUAUUUAUAAAAAAUGAUCUUGGUCUUGUGUUUCUUAGCUUAAACACUUUGAUUCUUGUUGGUCUCUUUCACUAGUAUUGGUUUAUUUGUAGCAGUUUGAGGGCCAAAUUCUUCUUCCAAAACUUAAUGAUGAGAUGCGUUUGCUAUUUGAACUCUGGGAAUCAUUGAUGUGGGCUCUAAUCUGAUGUGCUGUUAAUUGGCGAUUUCUGAGGUUGGGUAACUCUAAUGACCUGAUGCUCUGCAGUAGAGUGAACUCUUGGCCUUACUUUCCUAGGAACGUUCCUCGCGAGAGAUUCAUCACAGUGUUUGAUGAUUCUUGAGACUGCAGAGACUUUAAACACAUUAUUGAAAACUAUUUGAGGUAAAGAAGGUUUUUAAGAAUGCAAAGUUAUCUUUUCACUUUUUUCAGCAAACAUAAUAAAGAGCUUUGACAGGUCCCUGGUUUGUUUUUGUAAUCAUACCAUUAGAUCUGUGGCCAUAUGUCUCAGGUGAAGAGAAGAGCAGAGCUGCUAAUCCCCUGGUGGUAGGGAAGGUUGCUGGACAGGCUUCGAGUAUCCAAAUAUAUAGUGAGAUUGCAUUUGGAAUGACCUCCACAGGCCCCAGUCUGCAAAGAUCUUUAAUGUCCACCCCCAACAGAGCUGGGCUCAUCAAGUCCAACAUUAAGUCACAGACUUCAGCACUUGGUUUCCAUGGCAAAGUCUAUGUCCGGGUUAUGGACAGAUGAUUCCACCCAUCAGUCAAACUUCAGAUCCAGGAGGAAGAACGCUGUGGGCAAUUUGGGAUCUAUAGCUCGCUGUGGUUCCUCCAGCGCCGUAGUGAGCGCUUUGUUCGUAUUUCCAUCAGUAAAUCAGACCCAUUCCAGACCUUUGGGAAUUAGUCAACUCUGCCGGGGCUGACCAGUGAUGGAUCCACUGAUGGAUGGAUCAAUCCAUUAAUCGUGAUUGACAGUGACAGUAUAGCCUGAUGUGCACUUUGCCAUAAAUGUAACUAUACAUCACAGCUAACCAUGCCACACCACCUUUGACUGGAAGAUAUUGAUUUUUGUAAAGGUAAUGCUUCUUUGAAAGAAACUGCAAUAUAUAAUGAGGCGCAAAUGUAUCUGGCUUGCCCCUAAUUCAUACCGAAUAGGCAGUACUGCCAGCAUAGCAACAUGCCGUUUUCUCAUUUUCGUAACUCUACCCAAUCCGGUCUUUACUUGAUUGGUUCUGACAUAUUCUCUUUUUUUUCAGUGUUGCAACAAUUUCACUAAAAGUAACUGUUGUUAAACAUUUAUAAACUCAAACUCCAACCCGGUCAGCUCAGUUUCAUUCUCUAUUGUUUGAAGUAGACAUCAAACUCAACACCGUGGCAUAGAAACUCCCCUACCAGCCACUGUAGACAAACAUAAACUAUAAAUGCUUACAAUGACGUCAGCCACCUGCGUAGGCUACCGCAUAUAUUUCAACACAGGAAUACAAAUGUAAGUUUAUACAUUUGUCAUUGUGAAUCUGGUAAAGUGUUAUAAAGGUUGUCCAUCAAAUGUAAUCAUUCAUUUCCGAUUCACAUAUAAUAAAUAAUUCAUUUAAAAAAACUUCACUUUUAGAACAUGUUCACACAUCCUCCCACUGUGUUGUAUUUCACUGAAACAAAGUCUGUUCAUUAAAAUGCAUUCUGCAUGGUGGAUUGGAUGAACUUUAUAUUGCGGAGCUUUCACAAAAGGUCUAACGUCACGGUCUCAGAGAUACUUCUAAUAUCCAAAGCAACAUGGGCACUGACAUGAAGUACUCAUCGUCAUUACUCAUUAAGCAUUUUGAUCCGUCUUGUCUCUGCCUUAUAGCUCUGAUGUUAACACCGGCAUGAGCUGCCGCUGACAGUUUUUCUGAAUAAAAGAUCAGUUAUGGAAGCUUUAUCUGAGGAAGUUCCUCUAAUGAGCUGUAGCAUCAGAUACUGCUGCAAAAGGCAAGCUUUGAGACAGUCUGUGUGUUUGUGUCUCUGCAUGUUUGUGUAUGUGUGUGUGUGUGUGUGUGUGUAAGAGAGAAAUUUACUAUUCCUGUCCUGAGCUGAACUGUUAAAAGUUUUAGACAUGCUGGUUUGCAUCCAACGGCUUUAUCUUUCUUCUUCUCCUCUGACUCUCUCUGUGGGAACAAUGUAAAGGGAGUAUUUCACCCAGACAGAUGCGGUACUAGAGGAUUUUUAAAACAUUCACGCACACUUGCUCUCCUCUACACUCAUCCUGUCUCACUAGGGGGUGUAUCUUUAUUUCAUCUAAAUUAAAAUUUGAAGAGGCAAAUGACUUGUUACAAAUGCUCUGUCUGGCUAGAGUUAAACUGCAGUGAUGCUGAAGUGGUGAGUGGAAAAGCAGACAGAAAAAGAAAGACUGUUUGCCACUGACUCAGAGACGACAUGAAACUGCCCAUUCAUAUGUGUGGUAUUUGGGGAAAUAUGUUUCUGCCAGCUGACAUCUACUGGUGAUAUCAGUCUUACUUUGGUGCAGACCACAGUAGUAUUUUCUUCUUUUUUUUUUAUUGACAUUUUAGAAUCACUAUACAAUGCCAUCAACUUCAGCUAUCUUUCAGUACAUAUCUUUUUUUCUUUUUUUCUAUAUUCAAACAACUGAAAUAUCCAUACAAUAAGAAUGAAAGAAGAAGAAGAAAAGAAAAAGAAGCAAAACAGGAAACAACAAACAACAUAAAUAAAAAAUACAUAAGGAAAAAGAAAAAGGAAAGAAAAAUAGAUAAAUAAAUAAAUAUAGGGAGUGUGUUUUUGUUUCCCUUAAUAUAACUAAUAUUUCCUCUAGUCUUCUAGUAGUUAACAAAGUCAAAAUUAUAAGCAAAAACUGGCCUGCGUUUUCUAAUAUAGUCCAUCCAUUUCUUCCAUCGUGAUACAAACAGGUCCCUCUUGUAGUUCACAUCUGCUGUCAUUUUCUCCAUUCUGUAAAUGUCCAAUGUGAUGUUCAUCCACAUGUUCAUAGUUGGGCUCUCUGAAGAAAGCCAUUUUUUUGUGAUGGCUUUUUUGCCUCACAGUAGUAUUUUCAUGUUGCCUACUCAUGAACCUGCUUCUCCUACAUUUUAGGUUUCCCUCCUGUUUUAUUAUGCAUUUGCAUUUAUUUUACACUGCAUACAAUUUCAAGACACCUGUCAAUGCAAAGAGUGACAAAUUGUGUCCAGGUCAGGGACAAAUUGCGUCCAAAGUACAUUUUUAAGUAUCCCGGCUGAGAUCCCAGUUAAAAUAAGCUUCUCUAAAGGCUGGCUGGCUUCUCCUUCAGAGAUGAGGUGAGGGGUUUGGUCAUUCAGGUGGUUGGGCAUCAGACUGGCAUGCCUUCUAGGUGCCUCCUGGAUAAGUUGUCCUACCAGUAGGAGGCCCUGGGAUAACCUGGACAUGUUGGAAAGAUAUGUCUUUCAGCUGCCCUGGGAACCCCUGAGUGUUCCCUCAGAUGAGCUGGAAGAGGGGGUUGGGUAAAAGAUGAGCUGGGCUUCUCUACUUAGACUGUGCACAGACAAGAGAAAAGAAGAGAGGAAAUACAGAUGGAUGUGUUUAUAUGCAACCUGACAACCCAAAGCCUAAAUUUCGGGGGGUGUGCAGCUGCUCUCUAGAGAGGCAGUCUGUUCAAAAUACUCAAAGUAGUCCACAAAUACAUGCAACAGGUAAUUUCAGUCCAAAUCUAGAACCAAACCUUAACCACCUCUUCAAUCUGUUGAUUGUACAUCCCAUGGUACAUCUGUCUCUAGCAACUCAUCUUAUGGGGCAAUCAUCCUGAAAUAUUCAUGGUUUCCCCUCGUUUGUGCUCUGACACUCACUAAUUCUCAGCUCUCACUUUCCAACCCUCAGGGUACUAGACUUUGGGUGGAAAUCUUUGUGCAUUGAGAGUUGUUUUCAUGUCUCGACCUCAGUGUCUGUCUCCCCCUGUGGCCAGGUUAUUAUUCCAACCAGUAGGGCUUAUGUUUUAUUCAUACAGUUAACUGGAUUCUCAGCACCCGUCUUACCUACUGAAUAUGUUUGGCUAUUAGGGGACCUUCUUGCAUCUUCACCAUGAUUCCCUUUGGACUGUGGGACACUUAGACACUUGUAGUUGUUUUGUAUUUUCGAUAACUCCACCUAUUUAGUCUUGAUCAGCUUGAUAGCUUUACUACCAUUCAACCACAAAUAUUCAGUCCUCUUCCUGAAAAAAGUUAUUGGGCCACUUCAUAUAUUUCCAAGCACUUCAGUUUGUCUUGUGGGGAUCCUUCCUGAUCAGGAUUAUUCUGGCUCGUGUCAGCUAGUCUUCCCAUAUGGAAAAGAAAUAGUAAAAACUUAUAUGUGAUUACUCAUGAAAGUGGCCACUUUCAUGAGUAAUCACAUCCCAUGGAUGGGCGGUAUCAAAUGACGUUUACUCUUUAAAGGUCUUUUAUGUUUCAUUAAGUUUCAUUAUAUAAUUUUUCAAGGGAUCUUACAUCUGUUUUCACUCUUAUAUGCUUUUCAUACAAGUUUCACACAAGACAGAUACAAACUUUAUAAGAUUUAUAUAUAUAUCUUUUCCAUAUGGGUUGUUGUUAAACAAGUAGGUAGCAGCCUGCUAAAUUAAGUAGCAGUAUAGCUUCUUCAGCCAGCAGGUGUUUGAUGUUGCUUGGAUCCAUUUCUUUUUAAAAAUGAUUUUUUUCUCAGCUGGACUAUUUUUCUUUCAGUUCUCACAAUUCCUUAUGAAAUCCCAUCACUUAGUAGGGUAUUUUAUAUUAAAGUUUGGGGGUAAAAGCAACACUAAAAUCCAGAGAAAACACCCAGAAGAACUCGUUAAAAGCAUCUAUUUGCGAUGGCCAAUCAGAAAUAAAAUGAGCUACAAAGAAUCUCACAGAGAUGUGACUGUGUCACAGAAUAAAAGACCUUUAAAGAGUAAACGUCAUUUGAUACCGCCCUCCAAUCAAAACUACAUCAGCCUUACUUUGAGAGCAACCAGCUGGAAUGCUUCUAUUUUUUAAACUAAGCAAUAAAACUGUGUGUGCACUGCAAUGCAUUCCUGUUAAUUUCACCUUCUGUGCAUAUCCAAACUCACAUUGAAUAUUAACAUCAAUUCAUCACAUCAGUGCAAGAUUAAGAAAAUAUAGAAAUCUUUGGUAAUUAUUACAUUAAUUAUCCUACCUAAUGAUCUCAUAAGUGCAAACGGUUAAUAAACCAUUAAGAUUAUGUGGAACAUUAAGCAGCUCAUAUUGCCUGUUAAUCAUGAAAGUAUCCACUUAACAGCUCUGAACACUGGCAUAGCAACUAUAUUCUGUGCAACCCUUUUUAGUCAAAAUAGAAAGUGAGCAUCAAUAAAGUAUUUACCUUUCUUGUUUAUUAUUCACUGUUCUUAAAAUAUCAAAACACAAAUACUGCUGUGUCAGUGGUUGUUUGUCAUUACAAUAAAUGAACAAGCCAAAUAGCUUCAGUUUAGAUGAUUCUUUAGGACUCAUUUCACUGUUCACUGUUCAAAACCAUAUACCUCCUGUCUGUGUGCAUCCACAGUAACAAAACAUGGAUAUAAUAGAUUUAAAAUAAUAUAGCUGGUACUGCAGACUUAUCAUUUAUGUCUUGUUUUGUGACCUGUAAAUCUAAGGAAGAUGUAAUCACAGCAAGCCUUUAUUGUUCUUUUAAAGCUUUCUCAGACAGAAAUGCAAUGCUUCCUGGAAUAAUCACAGAAGCAGGGUCCUUCAUCAGACUGAAAACUCAUUUCUUCCUGGCGGUACUUACUCCCCUCUGAACAGUCACUCCUCUGAAGUCACUUUAUUUUCUCCUUUUAAAUUAUAGAAAUGUAUUGCUCCAUUUGUUCUUAAUCUCUUUCUCUUCUUUGCACUUCAGUACUCGGUGGCAUUUCUACAAUCACAAUAAUAUUACUUCAUAAAAGACAUCGGAGCCUAAAUGUUAUACAGACUGUUUUAGUAGAUGGUUAUUAAGGGUCACAAAAUGACUCUGAAGAAGCCUGAGGUGAGCCCAAGGUGAUUUGCAGGUAGUAGAUGAUGGAUACAAAAGAAAAGAACUAACUAACUAACUACGUAAAAAUUAUGCUGCUCUUUUCCUCCUAUUGUUAACCGCUACACAAUAAAGCAAUAAACACAAACACCUGACAGAGGGUGACAGUCAAACCAGGGUCCUUUUAGAAGCAAGUCUUUAAAGUCAUCAUCUUAAAUUGCAUAUAAGCACUUAUUAGCACACUUAUUCUAAAGUAUUAUCUAAAUGAACUUUGAAUGCCACAUCCAGCUCUUGGCCAAAAAUUUGUAUUGGAACUUCUCAAGCAAUGGCACAUUAUAACAUUAUUAAAUUUACUCUCUUAAAUUGCAGUACUACUUAGCUCACUAUAGAGACAGUGGUGAGUAUUUACAGUUCUCUGUAAACACAGAGAAGAUUGGAGAAAGUUUGUUUACAUCCUCAUCAGUAUGAUAAAUAAAUGAUUGAGAAUUAGUGUGCAGUCUUAACCCAUGUUUGCAGUCACUGAAUGUGUUUUUACCUACAAAAAUAAGAGAGAAUUAAGAGAGUGCUGAGCAGUUCCAGAAGUCAUUUAAAAGUGUUUUUUUUUUUCUUUUUAAGUUCCCAGCCUGGAUACUGAAAGGUUGGGAACUUAGACUUUUGCUCUUUGUGUGUGUUAUUCUGAAUGCAGAUUGUCUUCUGGGUGCAGGUUUCCUCAGGCUGCUAAUUGAUGAUGCCACUCACAGCCACAGUUGCAGUGUUUGCAUUGCCCAUGGGGUCGGGUGUUGCCAUCACAGAUGCAUACUUAAGCUCAGGCAGCAAUUAUAGCAGCUGAAAUUAAAAUCCUGACUGAACAAAUGAGCCAAAUAAAUGUUCUGUUGUCUGGUCUAAUACACGUCUCUCUAGUUAAGAUAUUGCAGCUUGUUAAUUUAUAUUCUGUUGUGUGUGUGUGUGUGUGUGGGUGGUGGGGAUGGUCGUAGUUAUUAAGAUAUCUAUGCAACCCUGUUUGUUUCGCUUUUCCAACACGUAAAACCUCAUUACCUGAACACCGAGCAAGCAUGUUGUUUACUGGCGCGGUGCAGCAUUCGAUUGCCAGAGAUUUGAUUUCCGCUGACUUUGAAACAGAUUGAAUGUAAAACAUUUUAAUGAAAAGGUUAUAUCAAAUUAUCCACACCUCAUGUCCUAACAAAGUGAAUGACGAUAAAGCAAACAACCUUCUGCCUCCAUCCCCAAACACUGUCUAACUGCACCUCUUAGGACACAGACUUUUGUGUCUUUAAAACAAUAUUAACUGCAGUUUUUUUUUUAAACAAGUCAACUGAUGGCAAUUAUAAGACAACAGUCUGCUCUUUAGAAAGUACUUUAAAACUUUUGAUUGCCUCGUUUGUACUUUAAAGUGGUACUCUGGCGAUAUAUUCCACUAGCAAGAGACAAAGGCCGUCUGAAGAUUGCUUUCUCAUUCGUUCGUUAACUACUGCCUAUAUAACAGUCAGUUAACUCUAAUGAGCAAUUAAGUGUGAUUUUUGGACACUUUUAAAUCUGUCCAUAACCUGCAAUAGAGCGCACAUUUCAUGUUGAGGGUGUCAGACGACACACAGUAAAUGUACAGUACAAUGAGCAGUCAAAAAGAUCAACCAUUCCACUCAUAAAAGUACAUCUUAAAUUAAUUGUCCUGCUGUCCCUCCCAAGGUCUUGUCCUUGUUCUUCUCAGAUUCCUCCUUCAUUGGGAUCACUGUCUGACCACUCGCUUGUAUACAUUUGCAAGCACGAGCAUAAAACCUUAUGUCAGAUUGAUCAAAAAAACAUUUUAUCAGAGGAAGAUUCUGCAGUUUCCAAGCUAUAAGAAGCCGUAACAGGUCAGGAAUGUGACCUGACCUGCUGCAUGCUGGUCCAUCCCUCCAUCGUUCAUUGCUGUGAGCACUCACCACCCAUGAAUCCCCCAGGGUCACUGUCAAUGCCAAGUCAGAAACCUUGUCAACAUUCUUGGACAGUGACACUACUUUAACCCAGUAUAAAAGUCACUUUGUUAGCUUUCAGGUUUAUAUAUAGAAUUAGUUUUAAAAUCAUUCUAUUAGUUUAUAAAGAUCUCAGUGGUUUGCUCCCUCACAGUACAUCUCUGACCUGUUUGGUAUCUUUAACCUAAGACGACCCCUCAGGUCAUCAAGUAGUUAUGCCCACACAUGUGUGUAAUAACUAGAGAUGGCACGAUACCACUUUUUUAUGUCCGAUACCAAUACCGAUAUCAUAAAUUUGUAUAU